GUCAAGUAAAUGAAUAUUUAUGGAAAUGAUAAGUUCAUGCCACUUUAGUAUUUAAUCGAAUUUCAACGAAACAAGUUUCAUUGGAUCAGAAAUGGCUUACAAAACUCUCUACGUCUGUUUCAUUAUUUUCACAGCAACUGCUGCGAAGAAAAUGUGCGAAAAAAAUUGUUCAGUGAAUGAAGAGUAUCUUGCUUGUGGUACUCCUAACUGCCAACCUAAUUGCCAAAAUCCAUUCAACUCAUGUGAAGAACCUUGUGUUCCAGGUUGUUAUUGUAAGAUGGGCUUUGUCCGUGCUCAGGAUUCCAAUAGCGAAUGUAUUCCCCAAGAGAAAUGUCAAGAAGAAUGUAGUCCAAAUCAGAUUUUUUUGGAUUGUUACAACUUUUGCGAAGGAACUUGUGAAUAUCCGACUCCACGUCCUUGUAGAAGAAUGUGCAUUCCUGCUUGCUAUUGUAAAGAAGGAUUUGUAAGAGAUCCAAACGGGGACUGCAUUGACCCAAGUCAGUGCAAAAAAGCAUGUGGAAAAAAUCAGCAAUUUUUAGAUUGCUAUAACUUCUGUGAAGCCACUUGUGAAGAUCCGAUUCCACGUCCUUGCAGAAGAAUGUGCAUUCCUGAUUGCUAUUGUAAUGAUGGUUUCGUUCGAGAUGCUGAGGGUGAAUGUAUACUACCCAAAGAAUGUCGUUAAGAUAGCUUCCCGAUGCAUUUCUUAGACAUUAAAGAAUAAGUAUUUGCAUGUGUCACUCAUUCUAAAGAUUUUGUACAUUUCGUGACGAAAAUAAAAGAAAAUGUUUUGAAAUUA